CUUUUACUCUGGGCUGAUGAGGUGACGUCACAAAUCUGCGCCGCACCGCGCCGCGCUGCUGCGUCUGUGGCGAUUCGGCUGAAGAAAGAAAACUCCUCUUGAAGCAGCUGAGAUCCACGUGUAUGAAGAUGGCGUUUAUUAAAGUGGAGAAUGAAGACAUGAUGAUUGAAGAAGAAUUUAGUGUGAAAAACGAAGAUCCUGUGGAACAAACAGAUGUUCCGAAGUCUUGUCCGGCCAAACUUCGUGUCAUUCUUCAAGAGCAUGACAUUCGCAAACUGGACUUGCCUAAUGGAAUCCCUGGGACUGUGGGUGAACUGGAGUCUAUUGUGAGGAGGGCAUUUGGCCUUAUUGGGAACUUUAUUUUGCAUUAUAAGGAUGCUGAUUUCGGAGAGGAAUAUUUUUCUCUUACCUCAACAAGUGACAUCAAGGACAAGGACACAAUUAAGGUCAUUCACAUUGUCGAACCUCCCACACUUACUCUGACCUUCACAGAUGUGGAGAGUUCCAUUAGAAGUCCAUCAAAGAGCUGCAUCCAAACCUCUGUCCACAGUUCACUGACGGAUGUCUAUCCUUCUGUCAGCAGCUCCUGUUCUGGAUUGCAGGAUACACUAAUUUGUUCAUCAUCUGAACACAAGACUCAGCGUUCACAGCGUUGGCCUACUGAAUUCCCAGUACCUCGCUUUGCCUAUGAUACAGAACUUGUGCUUGCUGCAGGAAGUGAAGCUUUUAAGAAAGAUGGAAUUCAACUCAACUUUACAUCAAUUCUUCCAGACAUCCUAGAGAAACUGGCUGAAACCAUCUUUAACUAUGUUGCCUACCCAACAAGCGCGCAGUUGUCUGAUGUUGUUGAGGCGCUGAUUCAGAAACAUCCUUGCCUUAAAGAACCAGGCUCAUAUAAUGGAUGCUAUGGAUGGCGUCAGAGACUAAAAUACAAAAUGGGCAACUAUAGAGCAAAACUGAGAGGGCUUGGAUGCCCUGAGCUCGAUGUUAACUCUGUCAAAAAGAAGCGAGCACAUGAAAAAGCACCUGCAAAAAAUAUAAAAAAGCCAAGAAAGGCAGAGGUGAACUUUUUACCCCCUCACCCACAAGGAGAAACCGAAGAAAGCUUGGAACAGGAAAGACUGGAGCUUCUUGAGGAAUUAAAGAAGGGUACUAACUGUCUGGUCAUCAAUGAAAAAAUGGCCAAGACAUUCUCUUUCCGUAGACAGGAAAUUGUCAGUCAAGCAAUACCUGUCAAUGAUGUAAAAUACAGAUGGCCUGCUCUUUUUGAUACAGCUCAGAUAAAUGAAGAAUUCAGAAGAAUCACCACUGUUAACCUGGAGGAAACGUUCAUGACAAAACUGGACCUGUACUCUCCUAAAAUGAUGUCCUUGGUGUUCUCAAAGGGACGGUCUUCAAAAACGAGUAUUCAGCGUAUUAAGAACAUGCUGCUAGAGGAUUUUUCUCUGGAAAGUAGGAGAGAGGCUGCCAUCCGUUCCUUAAUGGUGUAUCUCAGAGAAAAUGAGGAAGAUCUGUUUAAAGAACAUUUGGAUGAUGAGGAUAUUUCCAACGAAGUGAUGAAGAUUAUUAUAACUAGAGGUUCCUUGGUGUCAGAACCAGCCAGAGCACGAAUUGUGAUUGAGGGAACAGAAGUCCAGCAAGACCUGGAAGUAUCCAGGGCCUGUGCAUUGCUCAUGGGGCUGAUAUACGCACUCAACCUGAGCUACCCGAAAGAACUGAAAAACACGUUUGAGGCAUUUCAAAAGAUCUUCCUUGAGCUGGAUGACAUGAAACCUAGCCCGAAGGUAAUGUCUCUAAAAAACAAACUGCUGUACUAAAACUCUGAAGAAUUAGGUUGCUGUCAGUAAGUUCAAAUGAUAUGUAAAAGUUACAUUGUGCAUACAAUUACAGCAGCUGUACUCUUGACGGUUCGUUAGGAACACCUAUAUUUAAAAAAAAAAAAAAAGUGUUUGAAACAACAAUCCCAAGCAAGACUGUUAAAAAUGGCGUUAGUUUUAGCUAGGUGGACACAAGUGAAUUGGCAAUGAGUGUUCUUGAAAUUUCUGAUGUUUUCUGUGUUCUUUUUGUAAAACCAUAUAUUUACUUAGCUUUGGAAACAUUUUAUUUUCCCCUAUGGUAUGUGCCAUUUGAUGUGUUUUUGACAACACUAAAUCCAUGGAUACUCUUACAGUUUUGAAGCACUGUAUUCAGCUCAGAGGAUCGAUCCUCUUAAAUCCACAUUCAUAAAGUGAACAUGUUUUAUGUUUUUUUAAGGGAAAUGUCAUGCUAAAAGCCUAUGGAUUUGUUUUUGUGCACAGAUGAUGUUCAUGAUUACCAAAUUAUUUGGACCAAACAAAAGUUGCCGUUACUUUUAUAUUAAACAGUUGUUAAAACUGGAAUGCCAGUGUUUUAUUUUUUCUUACUGAAGUAAAAUAAAUUAC